ACACACUCACACACGCAUAUGUAUAUGUAUUUAACUAUACGCAUCGAACAAAUAACAACAACAACAACAACCGCUAAGAAAUCGCAGUCGAAAGCUUGAAUGCUGCCCAAACAAAAUCCAAUUGGAGCCAACGGCAACGAGUGAGAAAUUCUUAUCAGACUAUGAAGAUGGAAGUGCUCUCGGUACAAUGUCACAUUCAGGAACAAUUCGGCGGCAUUGGUGCAACAAAAGUAAAAGACUGGACGAGUCCGCUAACGGCACCAGCAACUGCAACGGCAGCGGCAGCCGCAGAGGUGAACGUGGCUGACGUGGACAUUGUCGACGUGGACGUGGACGUGGAAGCUGAUGUUGUGGAUGGCCAUCCGGCGUCAGUGCUGCAUAUGCGUCAGCAUCAGGCGCUCAACACGCGGCCGCGCCUCUCCUCAACAGCCUCGGCCACAGCGCCGCCGACGGCCGCCAAGCCGCCCGCAUCCCCCAUGGCGGCCAGCUUUGAUAUGCUCAACGGCGGCAGCGCUGUCGCCGCAUAUAUGUCGAACGUUUUGCAGGCAGGUCCGCCGCCCACGCUGCCUGCGUCGCCGCUGCAGUCGACGUCGGCGGCACGCUUCGGCGCCAUUGACAAUCUGGACGAUGUGAAUCCGGCGGCCGUGCAGGAGCUUUCGCAGCAGCUGCAGGCCAAGCUGCGCGACGCCAAGAGCCAGCAUCUCGACUGCACCGAGGUCACGCUGCCCAACAAUCUGAUGUCGCGCAUUGCCGCCGAAAUAAUACGCAUGUCGGAGCGGGAGCCGUGCGGCGAGCGGGCCUGCACCAUAUUCAUAGAGUUCGAGAGCGAGCCGAACAACGUCAGGCGCAUUGCUUCGUUCAAGGUGGAUCCGGAGACGGUCUCCAUAUUCGAGCUUUAUCUGACGCUGAAGCAGGACAAGAGCGGCUGGACCUCCCUUCUGCCGCAGUUUCUCAAAAAUUUAACACGCAGCAAUACGAUUAUGAUCAGUCCCGAUUUUACUUUGACCAAGAACAAGCUCUACUCGCCGAGCAGAGGCAGCAUCAUAUGAGGCUAAUGGGAGGGCGUGGUACACUUGGCCGUGGGCGUGGGCGUGCAAAAGGGGCGUGGCGAUGCACUCGACUCAUUACACAAUCCCUCCGAAUAAGUAAAUGGUGAACAAGAACAUGAAGAAGAAGAACAGCAGCAGAGCCUAGCAAGAAAAACCUCACGUCUGCGUCUCCAUCGAAACCCAUCCAAAAAAAAACAACAAAAAAACAAACAAAAUAUUUAAAUAAUAUUAUUAACAAAAACAACCCAUAAAGAGGCAAACUUUGGACCACAAUUCAACACAACCCCAAACAACUCAACAAAAAAGAACAAGAACCAGAGGAGAAGGAGGAGUAGGAGCAGGAGCAGGAUUAAAAACAAACCCAACCACAAUUAUGUAUUUUGAGAAC